AACAAGAUGGCCGCCUCGUAUGUUAUUGCCUUGUUGGCAUUGCUAUCAUCUAGUGUAUUAGCCACAAAAUAUAACGACAAUGAAAAGAUUGUAAUGUAUGUCAACAAAGUAGGGCCAUAUUUCAACCCUCAUGAGACAUACCACUAUUAUUCACUGCCUGUCUGCAGACCUGAAAAGAUAGAGCACAAGAGUCUAUCUCUGGGAGAGGUGUUGGAUGGAGAUCGUAUGGCGGUGUCCUUAUACGAAAUUCUAUUUAAAAAAGACGAAGAGAGAAAGACACUGUGCAAAGUAGUGCUAAAGGAAGCUGAUGUACAGCAGCUGAGAUCAGCCAUAGAGGAUCUCUACUACUUUGAAUUUGCUAUAGAUCAGCUUCCUCUGCGUGGCUUCAUAGGGAGAUUGGAGGAGGGAAGCUUCCUUCCUCAUCACCAUGAGGUGUACUUGUGGGUGCACUUGCAUUUUAAUAUCGAAUACAAUGGAGAUCAGAUCAUAGCGGUUAAUGUUUCAACGAAAGAGCACCAGCCUGUGAAAAUGGAUGAGGAUAUUCAUGGCUCAAUAAAUGUCACAUUUACAUACAGUGUUAAAUGGUUUAAAACAGAUUUACCGUAUGAGCAGAGAGCCAAGCGACUGAGCGAUAAUAGAUUUUUCCCUAAAACACUCGAGAUUCACUGGCUGUCGAUCAUUAACUCGAUGGUUCUCGUCUUUUUGCUAAUCGGUUUCGUCGUAAUUAUAUUGACGAGAGUGCUGAAGAAUGACUUUGCUCGCUACAACAUGGACGAUGAAGAGUUGGAUGACUUGGAUCAGGACGAUAACGGCUGGAAGACGAUUCACACCGAUGUGUUCCGCUUCCCUCGCUACAAGUCACUCUUCUGCUCUAUCCUAGGUGUAGGAGCUCAGUUCUUGGCAUUAGCAACUGGCAUCUUACUGAUGGCUCUUUGUGGCCUUUUCAAUGUUCACAAACAUGGAUCAAUGAACACCGCCUCCGUGAUACUCUACGCUUUCACUUCUUGGAUAGCAGGAUAUGUGUCAUCUAGAAUGUAUAAGAGAAUGAAUGGUGAAAACUGGGUGUGGAACGUCAACCUGACAACAUGCCUCUUUGGUGCGCCGUUCUUUGUGAUAUGGAGUGUUGAGAACACUGUAGCCUGGGCAUACCACUCCACACAAGCCCUGCCAGCAACAACGAUUAUUCUGCUCGGAGCCAUGUGGAUCUUUGGCGGGUAUCCUCUAACUGUACUCGGAGGCAUUUUCGGGAAGAAUUUCGCCGGUGGUUUUGAUGCGCCGUGCAGAACGAAGAAUAUUCCACGUGAACUACCCGAGGUUCCUUGGUACAGGUCUGCGUUUGCACACAUGUUGAUUGGCGGCUUCUUGCCGUUCAGUGCCAUCUCGGUGGAGCUGUACUACAUCUUCGCGACGGUGUGGGGUCGCGAGCAGUACACGUUGUACGGAGUCCUGUUCGUCGUCUUCGGCAUCCUCAUCAGCGUCACGAUGUGCGUCUCGAUCGCGCUCACCUACUUCCAGCUGUCGACGGAGGACUACCGCUGGUGGUGGAGGUCCAUCUUUAGUGCCGGGUCGACGGGUGCUUCGUCUUAUUCUACGCGCUCUUCUACUACUUCCAACGCUCGAACAUGACAGGCGUGCUGCAGACGACAGAGUUCUUCGGCUACACACUGCUCGCCUGCUACAUCUUCUUCCUCAUGCUCGGCACCGUGUCGUUCUUCGCCUCGCUGAACUUCAUCCGCUACAUCUAUGUCAACAUCAAGAUGGACUGAGAACGUCGCGGUGUUCCGAGAACGUCGGGUGGACUGAGAACAUGAGAUGGAGUAAGAACGUCGAGUUGUUCUGAGAACAUCGGGGGCCCAUCGACGGGGGUGGA